AGCAGCUCACUACACAUUACUGACGACAUGUCAACGUAUUGCAAAAAGCGGAAUAACCGCAUAAUAAAGUCAGGAUUAUAAACCAGAAUAAACGGUAUACACAUAUUAACAGAAAUUAUGAUGCAUAUGUCCACUGUAUGCGCAUGCUUGGCUGCCGUCUUGGUGCUCAACUGUCUGCAUGUGUCAGCAUCACAACGUGUAAACAAAACCGCCGAAUUUGUUGCCACUGAUGAAUGGCAAGUCAUAGCCGAAGGUCAGGCUAUACCAAAAGGGCUACAUGUUCGUAUAAAUCUGCAGACAGGUCUUAAAGAAGCAAAGCUACUGGACCCAAGCGAACGUGAUACUGCAAUGCAGUCGCAAUCCAGCGACAGCGAUCCAGGGUCUGGAUCGAUAAGUGACCCUUUAUCGAUAGAAUAUAAGGCAGACAUGAUUGAGGAAUCGGUACGAAAGGUGAAAGAACAUCGCGGCUAUGCAGAACUGAGGAAAGCCUAUAAAGAUUUUCAAAAGAACUUUCGCACUGAUGCCGAAGUAAUCGUGCAACUGAUAGAACAAUAUCGAAACUUUAGCAAAACGCCGCUUGACUUAGAGAUAAAGCCGAAAAUGAACGCAUUGGAGAAUCUUGGAUAUCUGGUGCAUCAGAUUGACAAUGCACUGGUUUUUAUUGAUAGUGGCGGACUGGAUGAUAUUAUCCUCCCAAUAGUGGUGAAUGACACCAACACGGCUCUCAAAGUUUCUGCAAUGCGAGUAUUGGGUGCUCUAACGGGGAACAAUCCCAAGGCACAAAUCAAAGUUUUUGAGCGUAAUUUCGGCUCUCAUCUGGCACAAAUCAUGAUGAGUUCGACCAACAGUGCUGAAAUCUCCUCCGCGCUGCAUGCACUUGGUGCACUAUUGCGCAAGUUCCCUUUGGCUCAGCAGCGUGUUCUCUCCACGUCGGGAACACAGGCUUUGAUUGGUCUGCUGCGUAGCACUGAAAUUGAGCUGCGAAAUAAGGCCAAGGUAGUUACCUUAAUUAGCGACUUAGUGCUAGAAAAACGACAUGUGAUUGAUGAAAGCAAGGAAGAAGCUUUAGCACAAUAUGUACUACUCGAACUUGAGUCGUGGCUGCAAUCGCACGGUUAUUGUGGUGCCUUAGAGGCUGUUCUCAGCAAGGAUUAUGUGAGCUUGCUGGAUCAACCAGAGGUGGUCGAGCAAUUUGCAGUUGCGCUACAGACCACUGAGAGUCUAUGCCAACCCCUAUGGUCCCAAAGCCCGGCUCUGCGACAUGCACUGCUAACAGUGCGCAACAGAUUCGCACACAGCGAAGACGAAUAUCGAUCGGAAGUGUCACAGGCUCUGGCGGAACUCUGUGAGCGUUUCUAUGAGAAGCACAGCCAUUCGGAGCUAUAGAGGACCAGUUGAGAUUUAACUAAAUUCUUUAUUUUGUAGAUGUUUUUAAAGUAUUCAACUGACUGUUACGCAUAAGUUGAAAUGAGUUCCAAUUUAGGCCAAAAAUUUUAUGUGAUCUAUUAACUAAAAAUACUAAGCAGCAAUUAAGCACAAUUCAGUCAUGCAAGUGAAAAAUAACCAACUCUGAAAUCCUUUGACAUUACAAUUCCUGCAGCACCUAUUUAAAACUCAAUAAAGCAAGCACAAUCGACCAGCAGGCCAUAAAGUAA